AUGGACAGCACAGAGGGCCCUCUGCUCUGCUUCCCCAACCUCAACUCCUCCUGCAGGCGUCUGCUGCGCCCUGGCUCUGACACUGCUCUGCUCUACACCCUGCUGGCCUUCGUCUCUCUGCUCACUGUGACUCUCAACCUGCUCGUCAUCAUCUCCAUCUCCCACUUCCGGCAGCUCCACACCCUGACCAACACCCUGCUCCUGUCUCUGGCUGUGUCUGACCUGGUGGUUGGGCUGCUGGGGAUGCCCAUCGAGGGCCUGCGCUACAUGGAGACGACUGCUGCUACCGCUGGCACUGCAGCUCCAACUGCUAAAAAAUCAGAGAGGAAGGCAGCCAGGACUCUUGGCAUUGUGAUAGCUGUGUUUUUAUUGUGCUUCUGCCCGUAUUACUAUCCCGCUCUAGCAGGAGAAGACACCUCCACGAGCUUGUCAUACUUUGCUGUGUUGUCUUGGAUCUCGUUGUUGAACUCCUGUGCAAACCCUCUGAUUUAUGCUCUGUUUUACCCCUGGUUUAGAAAAGCUAUCAAACUCAUCUUCACACUGAAAAUACUGCAGCCUCACUCCCGGGAGAUCAAGAUCCUGUAG